AUGGUGCUGGUCGCAGCCAUGAGCCAGGACGCGGCCCCCAGCGGCCCGGAGCAAGCCGACAGAGAUGCCCGCGGCGUGUCCGGCGCCUCUGCGCCCCCGGUGCCCCCGGGCCCGCGAGGGAUGCAGCCGCCGCAGCCGCCGCUGCCGCCGCCCCCAGCUGGCCUACCCCAGAUCAUCCAAAAUGCCGCCAAGCUCCUGGAUAAGAACCCCUUCUCGGUCAGUAACCCGAACCCUCUGCUUCCAUCGCCUGCCAGUCUCCAGCUGGCUCAGCUGCAAGCCCAGCUCACCCUCCACCGGCUGAAGUUGGCGCAGACAGCUGUCACCAACAACACUGCCGCCGCCACGGUCCUGAACCAAGUGCUCUCCAAGGUGGCCAUGUCCCAGCCUCUGUUCAACCAGCUGAGGCAUCCAUCUGUCAUCAGCACCCCACACAGCCACACUGGGGUGCCCCAGCAUGCUGCUACCAUGUCCAGUGCCCGGUUUCCCUCUAACACAAUUGCCUUCUCACCCCCCGGCCAGACCCGAGGCCCAGGGCCCUCUGUGAACCUGGCCAACCAGCCCCCCGGUGCCAUGGUGAUGCAUCCUUUCAGUGGUGUCAUGCCACAGACCCCUGCCCAGCCAGCUGUCCUUUUGGGCAUUGGCAAAUCGGGGGCUGCUCCUGCAGGAUUCUAUGAAUAUGGCAAAGCCAACUCUGGCCAGGCCUAUGGCUCCGAGACAGACGGCCAGCACAGCUUCCUGCCCGCCUCGGCCUCUGCUUCGGGCAGUAUGAACUAUGAAGGACACUAUAGCCACACGGGACAAGAUGGCCAGACCGCCUUUCCUAAAGACUUCUAUGGACCCAGUGCCCAGGGGUCACACCUGGCAGGUGCAUUUCCGGCUGAGCAGGCGGGGGGCAUGAAAGGUGAGGUGGGCCCACUGCUGCAGGGCCCUAACAGCCAGUGGGAGGGCCCCCACGGAUUCUCUGGCCAAAGCAAGCCUGAUCUUACAGCAAGCCCCAACCUGUGGCCUCCAGCCCUCAGCCAGCCCUUUGAGCUGUACGACCCUGAGGAGCCCACCUCAGACAGAACCCCUCCAUCCUUCGGGGGCCGGCUUACCAACAACAAACAGGGCUUCAGCAGUGGCCGGCGGCGGGCCAAGGAGGAGCAGGCGGCAGUGUCGGUGCGACCCCUGCAGGCUCAUGAGCUGAAUGACUUCCAUGGCGUGCCCCCCCUCCACCUGCCGCACACCUGCAGCAUCUGUGACAAGAAGGUGUUUGAUUUGAAGGACUGGGAGCUGCAUGUCAAAGGGAAACCACAUGCUCAGAAAUGUCUGCUCUUCUCUGAAAAUGCUGGCAUCCGAUGUGUCCUGGGCUCGGCAGAGGGAACGCUGUGUGCCUCGCCCACCAGCACAGCCAUUUACUGCCCCGCUGGCAACGAUGACUAUGCCUCAAGUCUUGGAGCAUCAUAUGCGACCAUUCCCGCAAGGUCGUUUCCUGCAGCUACACCGGGGACUAAUUUUGUGCAACGGAAAGAGGGCGCUGGCCGCGUGGUGCACAUCUGCAAUCUCCCGGAAGGAAGCUGCACGGAGAAUGACGUCAUUAACCUGGGGCUGCCCUUCGGGAAGGUCACUAAUUACAUCCUCAUGAAGUCCACCAAUCAGGCCUUUUUAGAGAUGGCUUACACAGAAGCUGCCCAGGCCAUGGUCCAGUAUUACCAAGAAAAAUCUGCUGUGAUCAGUGGGGAGAAGUUGCUCAUUCGGAUGUCCAAGAGAUACAAGGAGUUACAGCUGAAGAAACCAGGGAAAGCCGUGGCUGCCAUCAUCCAGGACAUCCAUUCCCAGAGGGAGAGGGACAUGUUCCGGGAAGUAGACAGAUAUGGCCCAGAAAGGCCACGGUCGCGCAGUCCUGUGAGUCGCUCACUAUCACCCAGGUCCCACACCCCAAGUUUCACCUCCUGCAGCUCUUCACACAGUCCUCCGGGCCCCUCCCGGGCUGACUGGGGCAAUGGCAGGGACUCGUGGGAGCACUCUCCCUAUGGCAGGAGGGAGGAAGAGCGAGACCCUGCGUCCUGGAGGGAGAAUGGGGAGGACAAGAGGGACCGGACCGACAUGUGGGUCCAUGAUCGCAAACACUAUCCCCGGCAGCUGGACAAAGCUGAGCUGGAUGAGCGGCUCGAGGGAGGAAGGGGCCACCGAGAAAAGUACCCAAGGUCUGGGUCUCCCAAUCCACUCCACCCUGUGUCCGGCUACAAAGGCCGGGAAGACGGCUACUAUAGGAAGGAGCCCAAAGCCAAGCUUGACAAGUACCUGAAGCAGGAUGCUGCUGGCCGGUCCAGGAGGAAGGACGAGGCCCGACUGCGGGAGAGCAGGCACCCUCACCCCGAGGACUUAAGCAAGGAGGAUGGGCCAGAGCCCAGGGCCACCAGGUCCCCUGAGAGAACCAAGGCCAAGCAGAGUGAGAAAAAUAAAACCAAGAGACCCUGCCAAGACCAAGAAGGAGCUGAUGAUAGAAGAGAAACCAAAAUGGCAGAGAAUGAGGCUGGACUAGGACAGGGGGGCACAGAAGUAAUCCUCCAACCACAGUCCUUGGAUCCCCAAAGCACACGGAAAAAGAAGGAGCAAGAUUGGGACAGCGGAAGCGAGGCAGACGGGGAGAGCUGGUACCCCACCAACAUGGAGGAACUAGUGACGGUGGAUGAGGUGGGGGAAGAAGAUUUUAUCAUGGAACCAGAUAUCCCCGAGCUGGAGGAAAUUGUGCCCAUUGACCAGAGAGAAAAACCCUGCCCUGAAAUAUGCCCUUGUGGGACGAUUGCGUUGGACCUGAACUUGGCCAAGGAGGGGGUCAAGGAACUGGGUACUGGGGCUCCCGAAAUCAGCCUCAAGUCAACCAGAGAACUGCCUUCAGCUUCCGGGAGCUGUCCCAGUGACAUGGACGUGGAAACGCCAGGCCUAAAUCGGGACGCUGAGCGGAAGCCAGCUGAAUGUGAAACAGGCCACUCACUGACGGCUUCAGAUUGCUUCGAGAAGGAAGCCAGGGGAGUGGAGGGCGCAGAUGUUUGCCCGGACCCAGCAGUGCAGCAGAUGUCUUCCCCAGAGCCAGCAGCCCAGCGGGCCCAGUCGCCCAGCCCAGCACUCGAUGACAGCAAGGCCAGGGGGACCCCCGACGAUGCAGCUUCUGACGGCAGCCCCCCUGCUGAAACAGACCUCCAAGGCCAGGCUUGCCAAGGCGUGGUGACCCCAGAAAACUCCGGGUAUACGGAAAUCAAAUCCCUGGACACAAGCUCACCGGAAUACACUGAAGUGGAGCCCAAACAGCCCCUUUCUCUGCCUUCCUGGGAACCGGAAGAUGUGUUCAGUGAACUUAGCAUUCCUCUAGGGAUGGAGUUCGUUGUGCCCAGGACUGGCUUUUAUUGCAAACUCUGUGGGCUGUUCUACACGAGUGAGGAGAUGGCGAAGAUGAGCCACUGUCGCAGUGCUGUCCACUACAAGAACUUGCAGAAGUACUUGUCCCAGCUGGCCGAGGAGGGUCUGAAGGAGGCAGAAGGGGGCAGCCCGAGGCCCGAGGACAGCGGAAUCGUGCCACACUUUGAGAAGAAAAAGCUCUGA